AUGAUAGGGUGUGCUAGUCACCAAUUCAAUUUGGCCGUCCAAGCCCUCAUGCGCGAGGACGACGAUAUAUUGGAUAAAAUCCAUGAUCUCAUGGUCAAGUUGAACACGAUCAAGAACUGGCAUCAUCUCCGUGAGGCAGACACCCUCAUGCCUGUCUACCGUAAUACAACACGCUGGAUAAGCACGUUCUCCAUGAUCGACCGCUAUUUUCGCAUCUAUUCGAAGUUGGACCGCAUCGACGACCAGUUGGCGGACGUCAUUCCCACCCCGCGAGAGAAUGUCCGGUUGAAGGCUCUAUUUGAAGACCUCAAGAACUUGGAGAGUGUGAACAAGAAGCUACAAACGACGAUGGUGUCUCUGCUUGAUGUGCGGGCUCUGUCAUCAAACAUUACCCUGAGAAUACCCUGA